AUGCAGCUGAUCAAUUUCCUCGGCGUUGCGACCUUGUUGGCCCCCGUGGCCCUAUCGACUUGCGGCGAAUGGGACGUCCGCAUCUACCAAGGCGACGUCUGCGGCAGCCAGGGGGAAACCGCGAACCAUGUCUAUAUGGGCGACCAACCGCGAGGCUGUGAAUCCCUUGACGGAUACUCCGUCGAAAAUGACAGUAUCGGCAUCGGCGGUGGUUUACGGCUGGACAGUCACAAUCAAGUCGAUGUCGCCAGUGAUGGAACCAUCAAGUGCGACGACUUGAGUUACUGGCACAGCUUCUCGGUGGAAGGCGUCUCUUCAACCGGUUGUGGAGGAGCAUAA